AAACGUAGAUUCAGCUAAGGGAAAGGCAAGUUACUCUAAAACCUCCGUCAUUCGAUCGACCAUUCGCCUGCUAACCGGUUCGGUGCCGCUCGUACUGUUUGCAGUGAAAGUCAACUUUUUAUUUCUGUUUACGGCUUUUGUUGAUAGUGUUCAGUGAAAUCAACUUUGCUGCUCCAUUCGCGAAGUAAGGAAAGAAGUUUUUUUAACAGUAACAGCUAUGGACCGCUGGGCGGGCAAGACGGCGGUCGUGACGGGCGCAAGCGCGGGUAUUGGGGCAGCCAUCAGCGUGCGGCUGGCUGACGCUGGCUUGCGCGUGGUCGGCCUGGCCAGGAGAGCAGACUUAGUUGAGGCGCUCCGUUCCAAAGUGCAAGGGUCUGGCAGCAUCCACUCCCGGCAGUGUGACGUCACCGACGCCGCCGCGGUGGCUGAUGCCUUCGCGUGGGUGGAAGACAGCUUCCAAGGCGUCGACGUGGUCGUCAACAACGCGGGGGUAUUCUUUCAAGGGCAUAUUACUGAUGUAGGUAAUAACCAAAUCAGCGACGAUCAAUGGAACACAGUGCUGGAUCUCAACGUGAAGGCGGUGAUCGCCUGCAGCCGGCGAGCCAUCUCCUCCAUGAAGAAGCGCGGCGGCAGCGGGCACGUUAUCAAUAUUAGCAGCCUGGCGGGCCACUACAUUCCGUUCUCGGAGUUGUUCAACGUGUACUGCGCGACAAAGCACGCCGUCUGCGCGUUCUCAGCUGCUCUGCUCAACGAACUGGCGCACCUUGGAAGCGACAUUAAAGUUACGAGUAUUUCCCCGGGGUUGGUGGACACGGCCAUGAUCGGCGAAGGGAACCCUCUGCCCAAGAUGCGACCAGAAGNAUCUUACACAGGGCCGGAUUAA